GUGAACCCUCAAACCUCCUCUCGAACCCAAGCUUCGAUACAAGCUGUCUCGAUACAGGACGUCGUCGCAACAAGCUGAACGCGUCGUGCCAGCCAUGGCCGUACUUAUUCCCAUGGCGCGCGUUAGAGCCUGGGGAAGCAUUCUUAAGCGACGAGAUCAUAGCCACCGCAUCUGGCGGCGGAAAUCGCGGAUCAUCGCCGCUUGCGCUAGCAGGCACGACAUUAGCGGAAGCUUUCGCGACAGCAAGCAGGGCGGCGCCGCCUGCUGACGUGUCAAUAGUGAACGGGGUCGCGGGUAUCGCGGACAUCCUACUGGCAGCUGAUGGGUCCCGUUUUAUACGGCUGACAUCUGAUAUUUCCGUGUCGUCGAGUAGUGGCAACGGUGCUUCCGGUAGUAGCAACGGUAGUAGCAAUGGUAGUAGUAACAGUAGCAGCAGUGCGUUGGGCGGCCCUGGCGUGUCGCAAGCGCUGUGCGAACUCAAACCCGCGGCGCCCGCGAGCAACGUGUCGCAGCAGGCGCAGCAGCAGCAGCCCCCGCGCCAGCUGUCCCUCUCGUUCUUUGUGCGCGCCAGCCUGUGCGCGGAGGGGGACGGGGGCGCGCAAGGGGAGGCGGAGCGGCUGUUGAAGGUGCUGCUGCUGGCAGUUCCGCUGAACGCUUCUGCCGCCGCCGCGGCAGGGGGAGGGGCAGAAUCAGGGGGAGGGGCGGGGGGAGGAGGAGCGGGGGAGCAGGUGUGGGGGGAGUGGCGGGUGGGCGUGCCGUGUGGGGGGAGCAGCGCGAGCUUGUCCGGCGCCUUGCCUUGGUUCCAAGUGGGACCCCUCCUCUUCCCCCUCCCUGACCCCCCUGACUCGUCCGCCUCUUCUUCCUCCGCCUCUUCUUCCUCCGCCUCUUCUUCCUCCUCCUCUUCUUCCUCCGCCUCUUCGCCUUCCUCGUUGGUAGUGCCUCCGGGGGGAGUGGCGCUGCACUUGGUGAUCCGAGGCGUGCAAGGCGCUCUACAUCCUCACCUUACCCGCGCUGCAUCCGCCCUGAAACGGCUGCUCCGGUUUCCCACACUACCGCUCUCCAUGCGCAGAGCAACAACAGGAGCAGGUGUAGCAGGGAGGGAGAAUGCGACGAUGGAGAAGAGAGUUGGAGUUGCGUCGGGAACUUUUGAAUUGACUCAAAAGGCAGCAGCGGGAGCGAACGCGACGGUGAUGAAGAGUGAUGGCGUGGCGUCGGCGGAAGCGGGGAGCACUGCCAUCGACCUUGUCUCUGUCAUGCCCACCAGCACCGACCCCUCGCCCGUCAAGUCGUUCUCCUACUGGCCGCUCUCCAGCGCCCACCCGCUCCUCACAGCCGGCGCAGCUCGGCGCAACCGCUCGUCGCUCUCCCUCACCACGCUCUCCGACGUGAAUGCGGCGUCCCUCGCGCUGCACCCCGCCCCCUUGGCCCUGCUCGCCCCUGCCACGCCCACCUCCCCCUGCCGCCCCUUCUCCUUCUCCACCUCCUUCGCCUUCCGCAUCUCCUCCCCCAACGCCGCGGGGCUGGGCGGCGAGGGCUUGGCGUUUGUCAUGCUGCCCACGCCCACGCUCGGCCUGCCGGGGCCCUCCCUGGGCUACGGCCGCGUGCUGCUGCCCCCGGGGAGCACGACUGGUGCUGUUGAUAAUGAUAGUUCAAGUGCCAACAGUGCAACAGUGUCCUCUCAGCAGCAGCGGAGUCUAGCAGUGGAGUUUGACACAUCGGCAUCACCCGAGUUCUGGGACCGUCCCGACCACCACGUGGGGGUGAACCUGCACGGCAGCAUGCUGGCUUCUUCCCCCUGCCUACCCCUUCCCUCACACCCACCCCCCCCCUCUCCCCCUCCCCUCCCUCCCUCUCCCCAACCCCCCCUUCCCAACCCGUCCCCUCCCCAUGCACAGCAGCAGCGGAGCCUGGCAGUGGAAUUCGACACAAGCGCCUCCCCGGAGUUCUUCGAUCGCCCUGACCACCACGUGGGGGUGAACGUGCACGGCAGCAUGCUGUCGCUCGCCUCUGCCCCCGUGCACCCCGUCGGCAUCCCCUCCCUCAACGCCGCUCAGACCCUCCUCGCCACCAUCCAGUACAACGCCUCCUCCUCCCAGCUCACUGUCUGGAUCUCCCCUGCUCCACCCUCCUCCCCUCCCCGCUCGUCCCCUCGCUCCUCCUCUCCCUCCUCCCUCCCUCUCCCCCGCUCUGCCGUCCUCACCACCUUCCUGGACACAUGCGAGUGGCUCGGCGGGAACGACCCGGAAGCAGCAGCAGCAGCGCCACCACCGCCGCUGUUUGUGGGCUUUACAGCGGCUACGGGCAAGGGUGUGGAGCAGGCACAGGCGCAUGAGGUGCUCGGGUGGAGUUUCGAAGUCGGGGAAGCGGCCUCGGGCAAGGGGGCGGAGCAGGCACAGGCGCACGAGGUGCUGGGGUGGAGUUUUGAAGUCGGGGAAGGUGAGUUCAGGUGUCAUUUUGAGCCGGUGUUUAGAACAGCGUUCGACGCUGCUCUCCCUCCCCCCUCGGGCCGAUUGCCCUCUCCUGCCACCCUCUCGUCCUGGACCUUCAGAUUCACAGACACCGAUCCCUGCACGGGUUCUCCAGUGCUGCCCUGUGGAACGGGUGUGUGCACCAACGCGCCUGCCCCGUGGGACUCCUCUAUCCUCAUGCCCGUCUGCAAGUGCCCCUUCAAUCUCCCCUCCUUCGAACCCUCUCACCUCUCCGGCCUGCCCUCCUGCUUCCCCGAUUCCUUCAGGUGUCGCCAUCUCCCCCGCAACCCGUGUGCCCCGGGGGUGUGCAUUGACGACAUAGACGGCACCUACUCCUGCCUCUGCCCCUCGCCCUUCUUCGCCUUCUACUUCUAUCCAAAAGGCUCUGCCCGCUGUAACCAGUUGCGAUUGUUUGAGCUGCGAUUGCCCACCUUCUUGUCUCCCUACGGCCUCACAUGCCCUCUCAUCCUCAACACAUACGGACUCACCCAAGCGGCCUUCUUCAGCCAAAACAAGGGCUUCCAGUGUCGAGCGCCCAUCCCUGCAGACACUCUAAUCAAUGUCACCAGCAGAGCUUUCUCCCAGUGCACUUCCAUGUACACUGCUAACUACGGUGACACGUGUGACUCCCUCAACGCCCUCUUCUCCACGCGCAUUCAGCCACUCAACCCCGCCCUCAGCUGCUCUGAUGGGCCCCGACCCGGCCAGCUCCUCUGUGUGGACUUCAACCGAACGUGGCUAGACAUAGAAAAAACCCGCGUGGCAUGCCAAGUCUCCGCCCUGAUCAUCCCAGCCACACCACCUUCGAGCCCUCAACCACCAGCUCCCCUAGUCGACUACAUGAACAACGGCGUGUUCAUGAAGGUGCUACAGGGCCCGCAGUCCUGCCAGCAGCUGUGGCAGGCGUUUGGCAUCCCCUCCCCGACAAGAUUUUUCCAGAUGAACCCCGGCCUCUCGUGCGACUCCUUGCUGCCGUACAGCCCGCUGCAGGGAAAUAUGAUGAGUAAG